AUCUGUGAACAUCAGAGAGAAAGAGAGAUGCUGCGUCUUUAACUGGUGUCAAAACCUAUUACUGCUGAUAUCGCUUGUGAUUCGGUCACAAUAUACGGCUGACCCCGGGGAGAAACCUUGGCUAUAACAUGCAGAAGAGUGUCCGUUACAACGAGGGUCACGCGCUGUUCCUCUCAGUGGUAGCGCGUAAGGAAGGGACUAAGCGCGGUUAUCUGAGCAAGAAGACUACGGAGAACAGCCGCUGGCACGAUAAAUUCUUUGCACUGUACCAGAACGUGCUGUUUUACUUCGAGAACGAACAGAGCGCGCGACCUUCAGGGAUUUACUUGUUGGAAGGAUGCACCUGCGAGCGUGUGCCCGCGCCCAAAGUCUCAACAGCUGGGAAGGAGCCCUUGGAUAAACAGCAUUACUUCCUAAUAGUGUUUGGCCACGAUGGACAGAAGCCCCUGGAGCUGCGAACAGAUGAAGAGAAUGCAUGUGACGAAUGGGUGGAGGCCAUACAGCAAGCCAGUUACUCUGACAUCAUCAUCGAGCGCGAGGUUCUGAUGCAGAAGUACAUCCACCUUGUCCAGAUUGUGGAGACUGAGAAGGUGGCGGCCAACCAACUCCGCACCCAGCUGGAGGACCAGGACACGGAGAUCGAGAGGCUGAAGGCUGAGAUCCUGGCACUGAACAAGACCAAGGAGAGGAUGAAGCCCUACCACACCCAGCAGGAGCAAGAUGACCCAGACAUCAAGAAGAUCAAGAAGGUCCAGGGCUUCAUGCGAGGCUGGCUGUGCAGAAGGAAGUGGAAGAGCAUCGUCCAAGACUACAUCAGCUCCCCCCACGCUGAGAGCAUGAGAAAGAGGAAUCAGAUUGUGUUCAACAUGGUGGAGGCAGAGACAGAAUAUGUCCACCAGCUGUCUAUCCUGGUCAACUGUUUCCUGCGGCCACUUCGCAUGGCAGCCAGCUCUAAGAAGCCUCCUAUCAGACAUGAUGACGUCAGCAGUGUGUUCCUCAAUAGUGAGACCAUUAUGUUCCUGCAUGAGAUCUUUCAUCAGGGCCUGAAGGCUCGCAUCGCUAACUGGCCUACUCUGGUGCUGGCGGAUCUGUUUGACAUCUUGCUCCCCAUGCUGAACAUCUACCAGGAGUUUGUCCGUAACCACCAGUACAGUCUGCAGGUUCUGGCCAACUGCAAGCAGAACCGAGACUUUGAUAAGUUGCUUAAGCAGUAUGAGGCCAACACUGCCUGUGAAGGACGCAUGCUGGAAACCUUUCUCACAUACCCCAUGUUUCAGAUCCCUCGCUACAUCAUCACUCUACAUGAGUUGUUGGCACACACUCCACAUGAGCAUGUGGAGCGCAAGAGUCUGGAGUUUGCCAAAUCUAAGCUGGAAGAGCUGUCAAGGGUGAUGCAUGAUGAGGUGAGUGACACAGAAAACAUCCGUAAGAACUUGGCAAUAGAGAGGAUGAUUGUGGAAGGCUGUGACAUCCUACUGGACACCAGCCAGACCUUCGUUAGACAGGGAUCUCUGAUCCAGCUCCCGUCCGUGGAGCGAGGUAAGCUCAGUAAGGUGCGCCUGGGCUCUCUGUCUCUGAAGAAGGAAGGAGAUAGACAGUGCUUCCUGUUCACCAAGCACUUCCUCAUCUGCACACGCAGCUCAGGGGGCAAGCUGCACCUGCUCAAGCAAGGAGGAGUCCUCUCUUUAAUAGACUGCACUCUCAUAGAGGAGCCUGAUGCUGCCGAUGAGGAGGCUAAAUCAGGCCAGGUGUUUGGUCAGUUGGACUUCAAGCUGGUGGUGGAGCCGUGUGAUUCAGCGUCCUUCACUGUGGUUCUGCUGGCUCCCUCUAGACAGGAGAAGGCUGCCUGGACCAGUGACAUCAGCCAGUGCAUAGAUAAUAUCCGUUGUAAUGGUUUGAUGACUAGUGUGUUUGAGGAGAACUCCAAAGUCACUGUGCCUCAUAUGAUCAAAUCCGAUAUGCGUCUUCAUAAAGAUGAUGUUGACAUUUGCUUCAGCAAGACGCUCAACUCGUGCAAGGUCCCCCAGAUCCGGUAUGCCAGUGUGGAGCGGCUGUUGGAGAGGUUGACAGACCUGCGAUUCCUGUCCAUAGACUUCCUCAACACAUUCCUACACACCUACAGAGUCUUCACCUCCGCCUCUGUCAUCAUGGACAAGCUGGCUGACAUCUACAAGAAACCUUUUACCUCCAUUCCCAUCAGGGUUCAGUACCACUCAUUCGACCGUCUGUCCAUCACCUCCGUUUGUCCAGACUACACCCUGAAGAUCAGGAAGAUCUCUCUGGACCAGUCUAAGUCUCUGGAGUUGUACUUUGCCACGAGUCAGAACAACAGAAACAGCGCUGAGCACGUCAGCGACAAAUCCCCUCGCCUUUGCCGUAAAUUCUCCUCUCCUCCUCCCCUCUCCCUCCCCUCCCACUCCUGCUCUCCCGUACGCAUGCGCAAACUUUCCCUUAACUCUCCACUCAACUCCCCCCUCAGCUCCCGACUGGCUGGGCUGGAUCUCAGCUACCCAAACCCCGCCCUCUCCUCGUCCCAGUCUUCUGUCAGUAGCCCAAUCUCAACACACACACCUCAAACCCCUCCCCUCUGUACAUGCACCCCUCAAGCCCUGCCCACUUCCACACACCAGACCCCUACCACACCCUCCCCCACUCCCAAAACUCCCGCCCCUGAGACCCCCAACCCCCCUAUCUUUGCGGAUGAGCCCCACACUCCUCCUACCUCCAUGCCCACACCACAGACACCACUUUUCGCAGAAACCCAACAGACAUUAGCUUCCAUCAUAUCCACCCCCACCUCGCCUCCCACAACCACCUCCUCUCCCACCUCCACCUCUCCUCCCACCUCUACCCCCACCUUUUCCACCUCCCUCCCACUGGGCUGUGGUCUCCCCCAGGACCAAGACCCCCUCCCCCCCUCCUCCCCUGACCAGAGCCCCACUAUUCUCUCAGAAGGGGAGGAGCUACCCAGGAUGGAGGCCUUCUGUGGGAAACUGAGACGCAGCAUUCGCAGAGCUGUGCUGGAGUCUGUCUCUCUGGAGAAGAUCCUCCCAGAGUCUCCCCAGGGCAGUGAUCCAGGAGAGAACUCUCCCUGCCACUCUCCCUCCACCCCACGACACCUACGCUACCGGCCAGGAGUCCAAUCAGGAGAGAACUCUCGCUCUUCCGUCUCUCCUGCCUCAGCCUUCGCUAUUGCCACGGCUGCAGCUGGACAUAGUUCUCCCACAGUGUUCACUAACUCUGAGAGGACAUGUGAUAAGGAGUUCAUCAUCCGCAGGGCUGCCACCAACAGAGUUUUAAAUGUGUUGCGACACUGGGUCUCCAAACACUCCCAGGACUUUGAGAUGAAUGGGGAGUUGAAGAUGACCGUGGCCUGUCUGCUGGAGGAGGUGCUGAGAGACCCAGACCUUCUGCCUCAGGAAAGGAAGGCUACUGCCAACAUACUGAGCGCGCUUUCCCAGGAGGAGCAGGACGACACACAGCUAAGGAUAGAGGACAUCCUACAGAUGGCGGAGUGCCCCAAAGCGGAAUGUUUUGAGUCCCUGUCAGCGAUGGAGCUGGCUGAGCAGAGCACCCUGCUAGACCACAUCGUCUUCAGGAGUAUCCCCUACCAGGAGUUCCUGGGCCAGGGGUGGAUGAAGGUGGACAAGACAGAGAGAACACCCUACAUCAUGAAGACCAGUCAGCACUUCAAUGAUAUGAGUAACCUGGUGGCGUCUCAGAUCAUGACCCACACAGAUGUGGGCUCCCGAGCCAGCUCCAUAGAGAAGUGGGUGGCUGUAGCCGACAUCUGCCGCUGCCUCAACAACUACAAUGGUGUCCUGGAGAUCACCUCCGCCCUCAACCGCAGUGCCAUCUACAGGUUGAAGAAGACAUGGGCCAAAGUCAGCAAGCAGACUAAGGCCCUGAUGGACAAGCUGCAGAAGACUAUUUCAUCUGAGGGGAGGUUCAAAAACCUGAGAGAGACUCUCAAAAACUGCAACCCCCCCUGUGUACCAUACCUGGGGAUGUAUCUGACAGACCUGGCCUUCAUUGAGGAGGGGACCCCCAACAUCACUGAGGAAGGCCUGGUCAACUUCUCCAAGAUGAGAAUGAUUUCCCAUAUUAUUAGAGAAAUACGUCAGUUUCAGCAGACACCCUACAGGAUAGAACACCAACCUAAGGUUACCCAAUAUCUCCUGGAUAAGACUCUGAUCAUGGAUGAGGACACUCUCUAUGAUUUGUCCCUCAAGAUUGAGCCCCGCCUUCCAGCCUGAGAGUUGUCUGGA